AUGCCCUUCCCUAGUGCUGGCUGCCAGACCUGCAAGUCUCGGCGCAUCAAGUGCGACGGAACCCUUCCUGUUUGCCAGCGCUGCAUCAAAUCUCGUCGAGAAUGCUAUGGCAUGCGAGACGCAAAGUCUUUGGCCUUUGUACACAGCGAGAAUGACUUUGCCGAUGGGAAGGUCAAACGACCCAGGGGACCUCGAUCCAGACGUAACCUUCCUAGUCACCACCAUGACUCGGAUGAUACCAAAGCGCGAGCAAUGGCAUUCUAUUUCCAAAAUUUUCUACAGGCACCGAAAGAGACACCGGACCUCAUCCAGUCCCUGGCCGAUGAUUAUAUGGCUGGUCGAGAAUCGUUUGCAUCAUCGCAGCUACUUAAUACGGCCGUCUCGGCUAUGGCUCUCGGCACGUUUGCAAGGACGCAUCGGCAUGCCGAGGCGGAGGUCCAGGCGUUCAAGGCCUACGAGCAGGUUCUGCGUAAUGCACAGUCAGCCAUUCAGUCUCUUGACUCAGGUAAUGUAGAUGUUUGCCUCUUGGUUAUCUUCUUUAUGAGUCGUUUUUCUCAUCAUGAUGGCGCGUCCGCAGUUUUGAAAAUGUGGAAGGAGAGAUUUAGCCCUAGCCACCCACCCAGCGAUGUCAUAAAACAUACGAGACGUGGCAUGACUCGGUCUGCGCUACUAAGAACUCGAGCAUUGCCCGAUUGGAUGCGAGACGGCAGUGAAUUCGGUGAAUGCGGUUUAGAGUUGGCUUACGACAGGAUUAUGGUACGCAUACUGGAGCUCCGACAGCUUGCCCAAGACAUGACAUCGACAGAGGAGCUUAUAAUAGAGAUUUCGGCACUACAUCGGGCAUUGGAUGAGUGGAGAUCCGCAUUUCCCAAGAAGUGGAACUUCCGUCGCCACGAACUUUCUGAACCCUUGGGUCUCGAUCCUCAGGACUUCAAUUAUUCUCGAACCGUCUACAGCUACCCUAGUCCUACUUAUGCAGGGGUAUGGGCCAAGUACUACGCCACCAAGAUGCUUGUUGAAAAUAUACGCAUUAGUCUGAGUCCAACCCAUCUUCCAACCGCGGAAGCAUCCGACCAGACAUCAGACAGUUUGGCGUGCCUAGAAAGCUUCGCCAAUGACCUCGCCUCAACGGUGCCAUUCGCCUUGGAGCGAUUUAAGCUUGCAUGCUCACCUACGGAUGGCAUCUCAUUCAAUACGGAAGAUAUCAAGCCUUACAAUGCCACACUGAUCGCGUGGCCUCUGACCAUGGCAUCAGGCAUCAGCCGUCUGAAACCAGAUCAGCGGUCAUGGUUCAGAUCGGCAGUCGCUCGGAUCGGGAGAGUAGUUGGUGUCGGAGUGCUUGAGUGCGCAGAGACGGAGAAGUGGUUUGAUCUCUAAGGUUAAAUCACAUGCAGAAUGCUUUCACGCAAACACCACGGAGUCUAAAAGUUAUUAUCCUGCAACGUCUUCUUCACCACUUCCCUCUCCACCAUUCUCUUCAUCCACUCCUUCACAAGCGGAAACUGCUCAUCAUCAAACUCCUCCUUAGUCAAGAACAUCCCUACCAUCCUCUGCCACGGGAUAAAGGCCAGGUCCGCAAAGGACAACUUUCCUCCCACCAACCAAGCCCCCUCCUCGCCGAAUUCGUCCUUCUGCUUCUGCAAAUGACUCUCCAGUACACCAGUCACACGCUUGAUCUCGCCGACAUACCUCUCCACGGCACUGGGCACCUUCUCCGGAUGGAACUUUUUGAACCAAGUCAUCUGGCCAUAGUACGGCCCUUGACCAGUCGUUUGAAAGUACAGCCACUGCUUGGCGUGGUAGAACUGUGACGUCCCGGGUUGGAAACCCAGGCGAUGCUCUUUGUCAUACCUCUCGAUGAGGUACUCAAUAAUUGCGCCGGACUCCCAGAGCGUGAGACCCGUGUUCGGGUCCUGGAUAGAAGGAAGUCGGCCGUUCGGAUUCACGGCUAGAUAUUCCGGUUUCUUGAUGUCGGAGAACUGGAUGGGGUUGACAGCAAAUGCGAGACCCAAUUCUCGAAUGAGGAUCUCGACUUUGAGAGGGUUAGGGCCGGACUUGCCCCAGAGAGUGAUUGGUUGGGUUUCAGAAGUCAUGGUCGAUUCGCGGUCGGUAGUAUAAUGCGAUGUUUUCAAAUGAGGAUGCAAGGCAGAUCUUGAGGAUGAUAGUGAUGGUGAUAAUGCACCCCCAGCACAAUCAAGCCUAUUUAUACAUAUUGGAGCCCAGCUAUUUUACAAGACUUCAUCUAGUUGAGGUUGCAUUAUAAAUCCAACGAUAACCAACGAUGAAGCGAUUCAGAAUUCCCUCGCAAACAUCUCGCGGGUUUCUCCCGAUGCGGA